GAAAACGUCUUUCUGAAAACCCCCGCUUCUUCGUCUUCUCCGCUGCGACGCUAAAACCUUCGCGUUCUCGCCGGAGAUGGGGCCAAUGGCCGUCGUCGGCGAUAGAAUCCAGAGCUUAAAGAAGUCCAGUGAGGGUUUCUUCAAGGCCGUGCUCGGAAUGCCCUCUGAUUCUUCCCGUCGUAGCCCCAUCGAAAGAUUGAAGCGUUUACAACGAGAAGUGUUUUCUGAUGUAAUGAAGCUCCGGGAUAGGCAAGACAAGAUGGAGCGCAUGUUUUCCUUCUAUAAAUCCUGCAGAGGAAGUCCAUUUGAUGAAGUCAGCACUCAUAUAAAAGGAAUAGUUGAUCUGCUCAACGGUUUGCUGUUUGUGGACAGUAGUCAGCAAGCUUGUGAUACACUACAUAAAGCAGGACGAAGAAUUGGCAUUGACAUACGGUUCAUUUUCGAAACAGCUGUGAGGCAAAAAGACGCGCUCAUAGCAGAGUUAGUUACUAGUCCAAGUAACAUCGGUUACCUCGGUGAUGUCCUUGGGACUCCUCUGGUGCUCAACAAAGUGAAAUAUACAUCUAACAUCAAUGACCAGUUGUCAGUAAUUGCUGUUCCCUUUGGUGCUCGAACCACUGAUUUUGAAAUUGGGCCUGGCGUUCCACAGGGACUUCCUCAAUUCGGACCUCCUCUAUUCAGUGAGCGACAAGAUUGUGCUGGCGGUUUGACGUUUAAAGGAUCAAACUUUGCUGUUUCUUCUGCUGUGUUAGUUUCACAACUGGCGCCAUUAACCAGCUCUACUGCUGAUAGGUGCUGCUGGAGCACCUUUGCACAGUUAACCUAUCAAACUUACAAGGAAAUGAUAUGUGCGGUGUCUGGUAUUUGGCAAAUGCCUAGUAGGCCUGGUCAACCAAUAAAACUAGGCCCGUUUUCCAUUCCAAUUGGCUAUCCAAAGAGAAGCUUGGCUUUGUCAGAUGCACAAGGAUGGCAACCGUCUUCUUCCUCUGUUACAAGUCAGGCAACCGAUCAUCACUCUGCAAGCUCGCAUGCGCUAAUGGUGGAGUUGUCCUUUGAUGAGAGUGCCCGACUAGGCGCUUGGAUUGAACUGCAAAGAUCAAACCCUGGCUCACAUCAAUGGGGCAUCUCUUUAUCUGAUACGCCUGAAGAUGAGAUUGGCUGGGGCUUGUUAGUUUCUAGAAUGCUUGAAGCACAUUCAAGCAAGUCUCAUGUCGAAGGUUUCCUGAACUUUAGACUCGGCAAGAAGUUGACCCUGCAGCCUGGUCUGCUCUAUCUAACAGAUGGAAAUGUCCAAACUCCUGCUUUACUUCUCCGAUCGAAUUGGGUUAUGUGAUUAGCAAACACAAAUUCCAAUUCAUUCUAAUCCUGUAUUCCAAGGAAAAUCUUUCAUCAUCACUAAUGUUUUUUCAGACUUUUGAAUCUUGUUUUCGAGAACAUAGAGUUACAAACUUGGCACAGUUGGAAAUAUAUUGCAAUUGUUUGAUC